UGAUAACGUACGCUCUCUAUCGCUAUAGUGAUCGAUAACAGUCAUUGGUUCACGUUCUCAGCCGAAAAACCACCAUGAGUGCGAUCAAGAGUUAUUUUAAAGAAGAACUUCAGCCUCGAAAUCUCGGUGUGGAUCAUACGAAGCCAUCGGACUUCUACCUGAGCGUUUGGCAAACGAAUCGGUCGAGCGCGCCACUUUUAUUUUUGCGUACACUGAUCUUUCUGACAUCUAUCGGUAUAGUGUUGGCUUCUAUUACAAUUUACAUUCAGAAAGGCCAGUUCUCGUUUUGGUUCAUAUACCUCACGCACUGGGGACUCAGUGUUAUGACAUUUGCGAGUUUCUUCUCAGUUGUGGUGUCUGCACGGUGCUACUUCUAUGGACCCUUGAGCUCCGAGUUCCUGCUGCCGUGGUACGCGCGCGUGUACUGGCUGCUGUUCAACGUGGCCGUGCCGAUCGCCUUCCUCAUCACCCUGUUCUACUGGACGGUGCUUUUUGAAGCGGGCAUCGAAGAAGAGUUAAACCACGGUUUAGACGUGGCCGUCCACGGAAUCAACACCCUGCUGAUGUUCCUGCUGCUCUUCACGUCAUCGCACCCCAGCCGCUUGCUGCACUUCUACCAGCCGACGUGCUUCGCGUUUACCUACUUUUUGUUCACCGCCGUAUAUUUCCUCGCAGGUGGCACUGACGCAAAAGGUCAUCCUUACAUUUACCCGGUGGUGGACUGGACUUACCCGGGCACGACCGUCGGCGUGGGAGCUCUUACAGGCCUGCUGCUUAUCGUGCUCUACCUACUGGUGGUGGCCAUCGCGAGGGGCCGUGACGUCAUCUCCAGGAAAUACGUCAAGCCUCCUCCCGUUGCAGAAGAAGCCGGGGUUCCUUUGAGGCAGCAAACAGUUGUGUAAUGACUGU